AUGCUUGCCCGGUUUUCAUUUUUCGUGAUAUUUCUUCGUCCGCCAUUGGGAUUGGCAAAGAACAACUAUGACAUUGCAAUCAAAUCACUGAGCUGUCAAGUUAUAGCCAAGCCAUAUGUCAACAGCUUAGAAUGUCUACUUGUGCGACAAAGGACUGCCGUGGUAUCGGCCAAAUUUAGUUUAAACCGUACCAUCGAGCACUUUGACGUACUUGCAACACUUGAUUUGAUAAAAAAGGAUAAAAGCCGCAUGAAUAUAGCUGAUAUUAAGAUUGACGGAUGCAAAUACUUGGGCUCGAUGUACCAAAACAACAUCGUUGGCAAAUUGUUUAAAAGGCUCAAAUCUGUCAGCAAUUUACCAGCCAACUGUCCUGUUUUAAAGGGAAAACUGUACGAGAUCCGCAACUAUACAUUCAUUUCGGACGAAUUCCCGCCAGGAGCUCCGCAGGCCAAGUGGCAAGUGCGACUGAAAAUGCUGAAGAGCUCCGAACUGGUUGCGGACAUAUCAAUUGAGGGCGCUGUGGUCUAUAAUACGUGAUGUUAAUGCAUAAUGGAUGCGA